AUGUUGGACAAUGGACAGUCCUUGCAAACUCAAACUGCUACGUUGACAGAACCAUCAGACCAAUCCAUUGAGACCAUAUCCGACCUCACAUGUAUUGCCCAAUGCAAUGAGCUCGUCAAUCAGUACCGGCUCAACCAGAAUGGAAAAGCCAAUUCAAUUCUUGCCAUCCGUGAAGUUCUCCUUAAGUCAGAGGCUGUCAGAAGCAGUAGAAAUCCCACAGAAGCCCUUGAUGUUUUUGUCGGGAUUCUCGACAACAUUGACUUCGCCAGAUCUCAAGCGAGUGAACGAGGACAACAAACUAAUAAUCAAAUCACCGAAGAGGACGCUCAAAGAACAUCAGCACUUGCCUCUCUUCCAGAGGAUAUCCGAGCCACCUACAAACAACUUGAGAACUUUGCUAUUGAUCCAAAGAGUGUUGUCUCCAACAUCUUGUCAACACCAGGAUGUCCCCCAUUUCCCCUUAGUGAAUGGCUCAAUGUCGUCCAUUGGAAAUAUGUCGACCUUGGGAAGGUACUCGACUCAGUGUACACCACUGAGUUGGACCCAAAAAAGACUCACGUCAUCAUGGAUAAUAUUCAUGAUCUAGCCAAUGGUCUCUGA